GAGAGCGGAGCUACUCGCUGGUCCCGCGCCGUCGCCGCCGCCUGCGCCAUGAGCUUCUUGUUUGGUAGUCGCUCUUCUAAAACCUUUAAACCAAAGAAAAACAUUCCGGAGGGGUCUCACCAGUAUGAGCUGUUAAAACAUGCAGAAGCCACGCUUGGAAGUGGUAAUCUCCGGAUGGCUGUUAUGCUGCCAGAGGGUGAAGAUUUAAAUGAAUGGGUCGCAGUUAAUACCGUGGACUUCUUCAACCAGAUCAAUAUGCUUUAUGGUACUAUUACAGACUUCUGUACAGAAGAGAGCUGCCCAGUGAUGUCAGCUGGCCCAAAAUACGAGUAUCACUGGGCAGAUGGGACAAACAUAAAGAAACCAAUCAAGUGCUCAGCACCAAAGUACAUUGAUUACCUGAUGACUUGGGUCCAGGAUCAGCUGGAUGAUGAAACACUAUUUCCAUCCAAAAUAGGUGUUCCUUUCCCAAAGAACUUCAUGUCAGUGGCAAAGACCAUUCUAAAGCGUCUCUUUAGAGUUUAUGCUCACAUUUACCACCAGCACUUUGAUCCAGUGAUCCAGCUGCAAGAAGAGGCACAUCUUAACACAUCCUUCAAACACUUUAUUUUUUUUGUUCAGGAAUUCAACCUUAUUGACAGAAGAGAACUGGCUCCACUUCAAGAACUGAUUGAAAAACUGACCUCUAAGGAUAGAUAAAAGGAAGUGGAUUUAUGGAAAUGGAAAGUGUGUGGUAUUUCUGGGGUUUUUGUUUGUUUGUUUUGUUCUGUUUUGAAAACAAAACAAAACCUUGUUCUGUUCUUACAGGCAGCCAAGAUCCAUUCUUUGUGCUUUUAUUAGGGGAAAUCUUUUUGUCUUUUAGUGGCAUGCAGUAAAUGGCUUUUUUUUCUCAUUGUGGAUUUAUAGUAGAUUUUGAGUGUUUAUAAUGGAAUUAUGCUUGUUGGGGGAUUUGACACUGCUGAUGGAUGGGUUCUCUUUUGUGUCAAUUGUAGCCCAUUCUCAUGAAGUCCCUAAAAGACUUACAUUCUCUAAGUGCCUUGGCAGACUCGCUUCUGAGGUGCAAAGCACACACAAUACUGAACAUUGCUGGAAACAGAAAAUGUAACCUACCCAGGACACUUACUGAUGCUUGGUUUAGAAUAUAUAUGCUUAAAGUACAAAAGCCAUAACUUACUUAAAGCAGUGAUCUCCAGCUUUUAAUGCAAAGUAUCACCCUUUUUUAAAGAGAUGAAUAUAAAGCUUCUCACAACUAGGUAUUUCUAAAAAAAACCAAAAAAAUAAAAAUAAAUUAUAGUGAUGGUGACACUUCACAUCAUGUCUAGUCACCAGACCUAAAUGAUAAAGAUUUUAAAACCAUGGAUGACCCUGGAUAGCAGAGGGUUGGCUCUCCAUUCCACUGUAGUUUUGCACUGAUUGUUACAUAUAUUUAUUUUGUUAAUAUAAAAAUCAACUCAAGCCAGCCUAAUGUACUGUAAGGUACAUUACUUCCUUUAAUAAAGUUUCCUAGCAUUUCCCAAAGGAGCCAACCAAUCUGAAAAAGUAUCUUCAGUGAGAAGGAAAGAGCUAUUUAUUCAUCAUCAAAAAUGACAUACAGAUAAUAUUAAGAAAAACCUUGUUUUAAAUCCACUAGAGUGAUGCCAUUUAAACAUGAACAGUAAAAAGCUAACUCAAGAUUAGCACUCAGAUUCUCAAGCUUUUUCAUAAGAAAACAUCUCUUUGUAGAAAGAUUGUCUUGUGGACCACUUCCCAUUUGCAAUCAGAAGGUCCACAGCCCAUCUCAUUCAUAAUUGUAUGUAACUAUAGCAAUUGUUUACAUGGGGAAAGUUAUAUUAAAUACACCGCUACCUCGAUAUAAC